CUUCCGGUUCUUCAAGGAAUAGAUAGAAAAAAAAUAAGGUGUCCACCGCCAUGUUUCAGAAUGAAAUAUGUCCAAUGCAUUAAAUUUAAUAUUGCUGUAUAGCAGUAUUUGCACUACAUAAUUAUUGUCUUUGUUUUAAAGAAUACGUUUUGAUUGAUGAGACUACCGCUGGAGUUGUAUUUGCUGUAUUGUUUCCCAUACAGUAACAGUGUUACGCAAUGCACCAUGGGAGUGGACCACAGAAUGUGCAACGGCAACUUCAGAGAUCCAAGUCCACCACUGGAUCUGAAGCAGAAGAUCACCAGAAGCAGCAGACCAUGGCAGUUACUCAACAGCAGGCAGCAGCCAACCACCCACAAUCAACUGUGACCACGUUUGCAUCUGGAGCCAGCCCUUCAGGCCCCCAGUCCCCCAACUACCAGAUAAUAAUGAGCCGCAGCCCUGUCACAGGCCAGAACAUGAACAUCACCUUACAAAAUGUCAGUCAAAUGGUGACGGGCAACCAACAGAUCACCCUCACCCCGCUCCCUCUCCAGAACCCAGGCUCUCCCGGCUUUCAGCACACGGCCCCGCAGUGGAGGUUUGAGCCUGCCCCGUCCUAUAUCCAGGUCACCUCACCUCUGCCACAAAGUCCCACUCAGCACAGCCCAGUCCCUCUCCAGCGACCAGGGGCACCUGUAACAGGACUGGGUUUGUGUGGACAGAGCCCAACACGCUUUGUUGAUGCUGGCAUGCUUGUGAGACAAAUCAGUCUUGGCAGCCCGCCUGGAAGUGGGCACUUUGUUUACCAAGAGGGGACAGGGCUGACGCAGCUAACUCCAACCACAGCUGGGCAGGUGCAGCUGUCCUCCCCAGGGGUGCCAGGCUCAGUGCGUGAACGCAGUCUCUCCCAGCCCCACUCACAGACGGGAGGCACCAUCCACCACCUCGGACCUCAGAGUCCUGUGGCCAGUGGGACUGUUUUGCCCACACUGGGGAGCCCAGGCCACAUAACCACCUCCAACUUGCCACCUCAAAUCAGCAGUAUCAUCCAGGGGCAGCUGGCGCGUCCCAUGAUAUUUGAGAAGACUUCACAGGGUAUGGUAACUGGAGUGGGGACAGCUGCCACUGUGUCUUUCAGUAUGCCCUCCACCAUUCCUCCCUCCAGCCCUUCCCUCAUUAACCCUCCCCAAGGCAUCCCCAAUACCCCUCUCACCCCUACCGGCAUGUGCUUGGGGUCCGUCAAGAAACAGAUACCCAAAAAGCUGGAGGAGAUUGCACCCUCAAACCCAGAAGUGGCCCAGCUGAGGAAGCAGUGUCUGGAGCACCACACUAAGAAGAUGGAGGGUCUGAAGGAGGUCUUCAAAGACUACCUGAUUGAGCUGUUCUUCCUGCAGCACCUCCAGGGGAACAUGAUGGACUAUUUGGCUUUCAAGAAGAAGCCCUGUGUCCCGCUUUUCACUUACCUGAGACAGAAUGACCUAGACCUUGAGGAGGAAGAGGAAGAGGAGGAGCAGUCUGAGGUCAUCAAUGAUGAGGUCAAGGUUGUAACUGGAAAGGAUGGACAGGCCGGAACACCAGUUGCCAUAGCUACACAGCUUCCACCCAAUGUUUCAGCAGCAUUCUCUUCCCAGCAGCAGUUCCAGGUGCACCAGGGAUCAGUUGGCAGCAUGACAAACUCAGGGGACAUGGACCCCUUUAAGAGGCAACAGGCAAUGGCACAAGCAGAUCAGGCUAAGAGGUCCCGGAUUGAAGUUGGUCGCCAUGGAAUGAUUUUCCAGCAUCCUGGUUCUUUAGGAUCACCUGGCGUUCCACUCCAGCAGCUUAUGCCAACAGCGCAAGGCGGGAUGCCCCCCAACCCGCAGACAGUCCAGAUCCCCGGGCAGAAGCAGAACCAGCCACAGUAUGACCCGUCCAAAGGGCCUCCGGUGCAGAACGCUGCCAGCCUGCACACUCCUCCCCCCCAGCUGCCAGGCCGCCUACCCCAGGGCACCCUCCCCAUGGCAGUCCUGCCCAUGGCUCUCUCUCAGCAGUCCCUACUUGUGGAUAGCUCAGCACAGGCCGCCAAUCAGCUCCAGGUGAAGGUGCAGGGGGCUGGCCAGAUCAUGGCUCCAGUCAACCCCCACACACAGCUCCAGGCCCAGCUCCAGCAGCAGAUGCAGUCUGGUAUUCACCUCCAAAUGCAGCCUCAGCAGCCCCAGCUCAUGCUGCAGCCAGCACAGGCCACUGUGGCCCUCACUCGUCCUGGAGCAGACUCCAACCAACCUGGCCAAAGAAUAAUGACCAACUCCCUGACCAACCCCUCAAUGUCUCCUGCCCCCCUCAACGCCCCCAACUCACUCUCCUCCCCCCACACAAUUGGCCCCCUCCGCCCCAACAUCAACCCUGCCACACAGUCCAAACUGGCCGGCCCCAACGGCACCUCCACAGUCAAAAUGGGAGGCUUUGGUCAGGGCUCGGGUAUGCAGUCAUCAGAAGGGAGUUCACAUGACAAACAAGCUGAACAGGCCAAACUGGAGAGCCAGGUGCACCAGCGUAUCUCUGAGCUGAGGAAAGAGGGCCAGUGGUCAGCCAGCAGGCUGCCCAAGCUCAUGGAGUCCUCUCGGCCCAAAUCCCACUGGGACUACCUACUGGAGGAGAUGCAGUGGAUGGCAGCUGACUUUGCCCAGGAGAGGAGGUGGAAGAUGGCUGCUGCCAAGAAGCUGGUUCGCACCUGUUCGCGUUACCAUGACGAGCAGAAGAAGUUGGAAGAGGGAUCCAAGAAAGAGGAAGAACUGCGUCUCCGUCACAUUGCUAGCACCAUCUCCAGAGAGGUGGAGUUCUUCUGGUCCAACAUUGAGCAGGUUGUGGAAAUUAAACUGCGUUUCCAGAUUUAUGAAAAAAGACUGAAAACGCUCAGCCUGCAGAGAGCAACGAGUAAAGGACAAUAUGUUAAACCUGCUCUGUCAACCGCAGUGAAAGCUGAAAAAGAGGAGCCCAAUAUAUCAACAAAGAAGCGAAAGUCCAGCACUUCAUUGGCAGAAGAAGUUCAGGAUGAGGAGAGCACCAUAGAGGAGCAGGAAGCCAUGGAGGUGACAGCUGAUCAGAAGGCAGAGUUGGGAGAUCUGGCUAAAGAUGCUGAGAUGCCGCUGGAUGCUUUGAUGAAACAGUAUGCUGGUGCCUACGCUGACAACUUUGACUGGCCCCAGCCUUCCCCACAGAGUGAUGAGGAUGGCAGGGAUGAGACUGAAGAGAUGGAGUCCUCUCUGGACACCCCCCACGAGGCUGUAGUGAUAGACUCCCUGCUUAGUGUGGACCAGUAUCGAGGUUCUGAGAAGACCAGCCCCCCUGGUGCUGACGGGAAGCCCAAGAAGGACAUAGCAGAGGUGGCAGCCUCCACAGAACUCAUCCUACCCAAGGGAAGUGCCAGGACCACCACUUCUGGCCGCAGCCAGGCUCCUUUCCUGCUGCACGGAUCACUGCGUGAGUACCAGCAGAUCGGAGUGGACUGGCUAGCCAGCCUCCACAAGAAACACCUCAACGGCAUCUUAGCAGACGAGACCGGGCUGGGCAAGACUGUGCAGACUGUGGCCUACCUGGCCCAUCUGGCCUGUCAAGAGGGCAUCUGGGGCCCCCAUCUGGUUGUGGUGAGGACGUGUAAGAUCCUGAGCUGGGAGAUGGAGUUUAAACGCUGGUGUCCCGGCCUCAAGAUCCUCCUCUACCUUGGCAACAGACAGGAACGCAGAGCAAAGAGAAUGUGGUGGGCGGAGACCAACAGCUUCCAUGUGUGUGUGACGUCCUACAAGCUGCUGCUGAAGGACCAGAGCCAUUUCCUGAGGAGGAGGUGGAAACACCUGGUCCUGGAUGAGGUGCAGCUCAUUAAGAACAUGUCAGAGAAACACUGGGAAACCAUCUUUGCGCUCAAGAGUCAGCAGAGGAUCCUCCUGAUCAACACUCCACUCCAGAACACACUGAAGGAGCUGUGGACCAUGAUCCACUUCCUCCUGCCAGGCAUCACCAGACCCUACACAGACUUCCCUGUCAAGCCAGGCACAGACCAGAACCAGGACUACUGCCACAAACUGGUCAUCCGCCUGCACAGGAUGAUCCAACCCUUCAUCCUGAGGCGCUGUAAGAGGGACGUGGAGAAGCAGCUUCCUAAGAAGUAUGAACACAUCCUCAAGUGUCGCCUUUCUAGCAGACAGAAGAGCAUGUAUGAAGAUAUCCUCACUCAGCCAGGAGCCCAGGAGGCAUUGAAGACUGGUCAUUUUGUGAGUGUGCUGCAGGUGCUGAUGCAGCUGCAGAGGAUCUGUAACCACCCAGACCUGGUAAACAUCAGGGAGACCAGCAGCUCCUACGUGUGUUCCUCUCUGCAGUACAAUACCCCUUCCCUGGUGCUGGGAGCCCUGCAGGAGGACCAACGCACGAGCCUGGACCUGUCCCUGUUCGACCUGAUCAGUAAUGAGAACAGACUGACGCGCUACGAGAUGGAGGAGGUUCUACCCAAACUCAAAGUCACCCGUCAGCUGAUUGAGGAGAUUCACAGUGCCCCGGACCCACCGGCCAGACCCAAGCCCUGCAAGAUCAAACCCAUGAGGUUGUUCCAGCCAGUGCAGUAUGGCACUAAGCCAGAGGGCCGUCUGGUGCCCAUGACCAAUACUGUGGGUCAGCAGCGCCCUCCAGCCACCACUAUCACCCCCCCCACCACCACCGCCACUACUACUUCUACUGCCCCUCAGCCAGCCAGGACCACCACCACCACACAGGUGGCCGGGACGGCUAUUCAGAAAGCUCAGACUACCUCUCCUACCACCGGCACCACUGGGUCUGCUGUAGCAUCCUCUGGGAGCUCCGCCCCUGGCCAGCAUGUGGUGGGGGCUGCCCCCCCUGUGGCCCAGGGCCAGGCUCUGUGUGGCGCGGCCCAGCCCACUCUGCCUGGUAUUGCCCAGGUCCCUAGGCUGGCCCUAGGCCCCACCCAUGCCAUCCAGCCCAGCCUGGUUCCCCAGAGACUGGUUCUAACGUCCCAGGCCCAGGCACGGUUGCCUAGUGGAGAUGUGUUGAAGAUAGCCCAGCUGGCGUCCAUAGCAGGCAGCCAGAACCGAAUCUCCCAGCCUGAGACCCCCGUCACUCUGCAGUUCCAGGGUAACAAGUUCACCCUGUCCCCUAGCCAGCUCCGACAGCUCACCACAGGGCAGCCCUUGCAGCUCCAAGGUACACUCGGCAACAUCCUGCAGAUAGUGUCGGCCCCUGGUCAGCAGAUCCUCCGGCCCCAGGGCUCCAUGGUCAUGCAGACGGUACCUCAGGCUGCACCUGUCUCCAACUCCUCCACCAGAUCUGGCACCCCACCCCCAACCGGCCCCGCCCAACAAGGGAUGACAUCAAAUGCCUUGGGGGUGAGCGCCCAGCCUGCUCCUGCUGCUCCUAUUGUCCCUCAGGUGUCGUCAGAGGAGAGGGGUCGUCAUCUGAAGGAGCGUCUGAGCCGCCUGUUCAGUGCCAACGAGAGGCGUUGUGACCGCAGUGUUCUGUACGGGGCUGACCUGCUCCAGGUCUGCUCUGUGACCCCAGGGGCUCCUCACUCUGCCCUGAGCCCCAGGGGCUGGAGAUGGGUUGGCAGGGACAGCUGCCUCAGGGCCCAGAGGACUCCUGUGGCCACCACAACACACCUCCAGUCUGCCCUGCGCUCCUCCACAAACCGCCAGGAUGCCAGCAGCAGCCUAGUCAGCAGGUUAUCAUGUGUUGUCCCUGCCGCAGUAGCUCGUCCCCCUUACCUGUAUGCAGCCAAUCCCCCAGCUCCCUACAGCCUGGAGCAGAAGUUGAUCAGUCGCAGGCUCCAGGAGGCCGCCGCCCCCCACAGCACUGAGAUCCACAGCAUGGCCUCUGGGCUCCAGUUCCCUGACCUGCAGCUCAUGCAGAUGGACUCGGGUAAACUUGAGGCCCUGGCCAUUCUGCUCCAGAAGCUGAGGUCGGAGAAUCGCCGCGUCCUCAUCUUCACACAAAUGGUGAAGAUGCUGGACAUACUGGAGGCCUUCCUGGACCACCGGCAGCUCACAUACAUCCGUGUUGACGAGAGUCUGAUCACAGAGGAACGCCAGGAACAUAUGAAGACCUUCAACAGGAACAGACAGGUGUUCUGCAGCAUCCUGACCAACCGCUGCUGCUCAGCCGUGGGGACUGUGUUCGACGCAGACACCAUCAUAUUCUACGACACAGACCUCAACCCCAGCAUGGACGCCCGCACCCAGGAGUGGUGCGACAAGAUCGGACGAUCCAAGGACAUCCACAUCUACAGACUGGAGAGCGGGAACUCCAUUGAAGAGAAGCUGCUAAAAAACGGCACAAAAGAUCUGAUCCGAGAGGUGGCUGCCCAAGGGACUGACUACACCCUGGCAUUCCUCACACAGCGGACCAUCCAGGACCUCUUUGAGGUGGAGGCUGGCUCAGGGGAGAAGGUUGAGGAGUUUGUGGUUCUGCACCAGGAGCCGUCUCCCUCUGAGGCCAUCUCUCCACGCGUGGCUAGGCCCUACAUCCAGGCCCUCCACAGCAUCAGCCUGGACGCCCCGCCACCAGAGCAGCAGGAGGAGGAUGACCUGGAGAAGGAGUUGCAGGUCAAAGAGGAGCCCUCUCAGCUGGAGGAGCUUAAUGCUGUAAUGGACCAGUUAACGCCAAUAGAAAAAUAUGCCCUGCAAUUCCUGGAGUAUCUUCAUGUCAGUGAAGACGAACUUGUUGCCAAGGAGCGACUGUUGUGUGCGAAGAGAGGCUGGGAGAUGCAGCACCUCCAGAAACUGAAGGCUCAAGACGAGGAGAGGAUGAUCAUUGAGGAAGAGGAGGAUCUGUUCACCUACACCAGAGAGGAUGCUUACAAUAUGGAGUAUGUGUUUGAUGGAGAAGAUGGCCAAUCUGAAAUAAUGCCGCUGUGGACUCCACCUACCCCACCGCAGGAUGACAACGACAUCUAUAUCGACUCUGUGAUCUGUCUGAUGUACGACUCUGCUCCCAUGCCUGAGUCCAAACUUCCUCCUGUCUACAUCCGCAAGGAGCACAAGAGACUCAAGAUGGACCCCUCGGCAGCGGGCAGGAAGAAGAAGAAGGGUCAUGGGGAGACAGUGAUUCCUCCUCGCUCCCUCUUCGAGAAGGCAAGCAUGCUCAAGGUGCGCCGAGAGGGCAAAGACCAAAAGAAGAACUUCUCCCUGAAGCAGCAGGCUCCCUUCGCUAAGCCUCUGCCCUCACUGGUCAAACCUGCCAUGGAGGCCGGACAGGACAACCCAGAGUGGCUCAUCAGUGAAGACUGGGCCCUGCUACAGGCUAUGAAGCAGCUCCUGGAGCUCCCUCUGAAUCUAACCAUCGUGUCUCCGGCCCACACCCCGAACUGGGACCUGGUCAGCGACGUGGUCAACUCCUGCAGCCGUAUCUACCGCUCACCCAAGCAGUGUCGCAACCGCUAUGAGAACGUCAUCAUCCCCCGGGAGGAGGGCAAGUUGGUGUAUGAGGCGAAUCCUAAGAAGAAAACCAAGAGCAUAUACAAGUCUAAGAACAGCCGGCCGCUGCGCACCUGUCAGAUCUACACCCAGGAUGACAACGCUACACACAUCCAGCUCUACAACAGCCGCUUUGAGCUCAUGAAGAUCAUCGCCAGCAAGAGGAGUCCCCCCAUCAAACCCCUUCUGGGGAUGAACCCAUUCCAGAAGAACCCCAAACAUGCCUCCGUCCUGGCAGAAAGUGGGAUCGGCUAUGACAAGCCCCUCCCUCCCAUUCAGGUGGCAUCGCAACGUGCUGAGAGGAUUGCCAAGGAGAAGAAGGCCUUAGCCGAGCAGCAGAGGGCUCAGCAGCUAGCUCAGCAGGCUGGAGCCCCCCAGGCCGUGGCCGGUGCUGCCCAACCCCAGGCUGGGGCUCCCGCUGCAGGCCAAGCCCAGGCCCCAGGGGUCCUCCAGGCCCCUGCAGCGGUAGGAGCUAUGGCUUUACCCAACACCGCUGUCCUGGCUGGAGCCAUAAAGAAUGCUGCCGUGGGAACCAUUCAAGCUGCCUCCGUAGGGGGGAACCUGAUUGUGAACACAGUGGCUGGAGUUCCUCCAAGUCCGUUCCAGGCCAACAAACGGCUGGUAUCACCAGGUCAAGUCAUACCAGGAACCCUGUCUCCUGCCAGUGCAGCAGGUGCCCAGGUGGUCCACUCCCAGCAGAGAGCCGUACCUGCCACUGCCGCCCCUGGGGAGGUGGUUGCCAUAGCUACGGGUCAGGGUGUCAGGGCCGUUACCCCGGUGACGGCCUCUGCGGUGGUGACCACCACUCUGACCCCAGUGCAGUCCCAGACCCGCUCCCUAGUCACACCAGCCACAGGCAUGCAGCUACCCCAAGGCAAGCCCAUCACCCAGGCCCACCUCCACAUGCUCCGACAGCAGCAGCUCCAGCAGCAACAACAGCAGGCUGCCUCGCCACAAGGCAUCAAGGCUGUGGGAAAACCCCAGGAGCUUCUGAAGAUACACAAGCAGAAGCUGCAGAUGGCCCAGCAGCAGCCCGGAGCCGGCCAGCAGCCUGUCCAGGUGCAGCCAGCCAACCCCCAGGCAGCCCAGGCCAACCCCCAGCUUGCCACUAUAGCUGCCGGUCCCAGAGCCGGAGCCGUGCUGGCUGGCACCACCGUAGCUAACCUGCAGGUGGCCAGACUAACACGGCUGCCCACCCAGGGUCAGAUCCAGGCCCAGCCAGGGCAGACGGCCCAGGUGACCCUCACCAAGCCCCCCGUGGUCUCUGUGCCCUCCGUAGUCUCCUCUGCUGGCGUCACCACCCUGCCCGUCACUAUGGCUGGCAUCAGUGUAGCCAUUGGACAGGCCCAGAAAACAGGUGGGCCAGUGUUGACGCCCCCGUUCCCCCAGAUGCAGGUUCAGCAGCUGCUCCAGAUGAAGAAGCAGCAGGUAGCCGUGCAGGCUGCAGCAGCCCUGCAGAAAGCAGUACAGCCAGGACAAGCCUCUGUGCAGCAGAAGGUGGGGCUCUGGGGGAAAACAGAACCACCACAGUCUACGCAACCACACACAUAUUUACAACUGGGCACCCAGCAGAUGACAGUACCGACUACCCAGCAGCAGAAGGUCACCUAUGCUGCCACCACCCAGCUACAGCCUAGCAUCAAGACCCAGUUCUUCACUACUUCCAUCGCCCAGGCUGGGAAACCCACUGGGGCCCAGCAAAUCCAGGUGGCUAAGCUCCCCCAGAUAGUGCAGGGGCAAUCCACUGUGGCCAACAUCCAGCAGAUCGUAUCAUCUCCACAGCAGAUCCAGCCCCAGCCGGUGGCCCUGACCCAGACUACAUCCUCAGCCCAGCCCCAGGUCCAGAUGAUUCCAGCAGGCACAGCCACAGCCCAGGUGGUUCAGCAGAAGCUCCUCCAGCAGCAGGUGGUGACUGCAGCUGCCUCGCCUCAGAUACAGACCCCCCCUCCUCACAGCCCGGCCCAACAGGCCCCAGUUUCCGCUGCAGCAGAGUCCCCAGUACAGCAGCAGCCAGCCAAGGGCCAGGCUCGCGGAGGGGCCAUGAGGGGCAAGACCCAGGCCAAGCCCAGCGGGGGCAGCAGCUAGGUGCCCACAGGACUAGUUAGUGCUCCCCUUUCAGCUAGGCUAAGGAGAACAUCUCAUCAGUGUAAAUGCAUUCAGUGACUGAGGAGCAGCAUUAUGAAGAGAUCCAGCGUUAUGAAGGAGUGGUGGAGUCCAGUCUGAGGUGGCUGUGUUGAAUCUAACCUGGUUUAAGGAACUGCUCCAUGUAAAGGAAUGACCUGUCUUUUAAGAGUGUCAUCAUCUAUCUUCAACACAGUACUGUAACUGUCGGCUGUUUCCUUAGCGACUGUUUCAGAAGGUCUCCCCUGGAGGAAACCUGGACCAACAUCCAGGGGGAGGUUUAAGAUCAGAAAAGCAGAAAAACAAUAUUCAUGGCUUUUUUUAAAUUGAUGAAUAUGUUAAUGUUACUCCAUAGAUAUCCUUUGGCUAUGGGCUGGUGCAUUUGGGGAAUGUCCAUUUGAAUAAUGUUUUGUGUAUUCAUACAUUGUCCCUGUCUGCCUUGAUGAUAUUAUUCUCAUGCUUAACGUUUAUGUCUGUAAUUUCAUAGUUGGUAGAUAUAGAAAACACCCUUCUUGUUAAAAAAAGGUAUCUUGAUAAAGUAAUGCAUAUUAAAUGAGACUACAUCUCAGUAGUACAGAUGCAUUGCCUACCAGAACGAUAAAGGUGGGAGGACUUCAGUCCUCAUGCUAAUUGUCAUUGUGAAAGUUAUUCACAGACAUUAAAGCCCUGAGUCAUUAGUGAAUGCAUUUUUACCUAUAGAAACACAUUCACAUAACUUUUUUCAAUGUAUCAAUUUAACAUUGACAGAAGUGUCCCUAAAAGUUAGCUCCUUAAUUGUUUGCAUAAGAGGGAACUUGCCAGGUCCAAAACUGCCCCAAUCGUGAUUGUAUCACAGUUAUAACGACCACUGAAAAUACAUGAAAUAAUCUGAAUGUAACAUUUAGUUUUUUUUUUGUAACCUUCAGAUAUUUAAUGGAUAAUAAUGCAUUUUCCUUCAGUCGAUUAUGUUUAUGUAACAAAUACACUGUAAACAUGUACUUUAGUAUAUUGUGUUCUCAUAAAUAUGUCAUUUUUUAAAUUGAUGUUGAAGAAAAAAAACUGUAAAUAACAAUGAAAAAGGAAAACAUUUGUACUUGUAAAGUAGUUGUGUUUUCAUUGGAUUUUUUCAGCCUAAUUGUAAUAAAGUGUUUUGUUUUUAUACACAAUA